AUGAACUUCCUUGCCUCUCCUGAACUCAUCACCGCCAUGGCCUAUUCCGGAUCCACAACAUUCAACCCUAUUACCGACAGCAUCACAACACCAUCGGGCGAGUCGUUCAAAUUCACACCACCCAAGGGUGUCGAUCUCCCAGCCGCAGGAUUUGAGGAUGGCAGGACCGAGUUCCUCCCCACCCCCGGUGUGCCCGACCCCAGCGUCGAAGUCCGAGUCAGCCCGACAUCUUCGCGUCUGGCGCUCCUCGAUCCCUUCUCGCCGUUCCCCACAUCUGAGCUGAAGGGACUGAAGGUGCUUUACAAAGUCAAGGGUCAGUGCACAACGGACACCAUCUCCGCUGCAGGCCCCUGGCUCAAGUACAAGGGCCAUCUGCCCAACAUCUCCGAGAACACCCUGAUCGGUGCCGUUAACGCAGCCACCGAUGAGGUAAAUGUUGCCUACGACACCGACGGCUCCAAGACCUCGAUCCCUGAGCUUGCCAAGCGCUGGAAAGAGCUGGGUACUGAGUGGCUUGUCGUCGCCGAGCACAACUACGGCGAGGGCUCUGCUCGUGAGCACGCAGCUCUGCAGCCUCGCUACCUCGGCGGUCGUAUCAUCCUCACCAAGUCUUUCGCACGUAUCCACGAGACCAACCUGAAGAAGCAGGGUAUGGUUCCUCUAACCUUUGUCAACGAGUCUGAUUACGACCUGAUGGAUGCCUGCGACGAGGUCUCGACUAGGGGGUUGCUUGAGACUCUCCAGAACGGCGGAAAGGGAGAGAUUGAGCUUAUUGUCAAAAAGAAGGACGGCAAGGAGGUUGUUGUCAAGACCAAGCACACCCUUACCAAGGACCAGAGCUCAUUCGUGCUCGCAGGUAGCGCUCUGAACUUGCUCGCUGCUCAGGCAGCAGAGUCGAGGGAGGAAGUCACCAGGGCCAGUGAGCUAUCCGACUAA